AUGGAAGAAGAAGCUAGUGUCGACCUUGGACAAGUUAAGACUGAAUUCCAGGAGAAGGCAAGGGCCUAUUUAGUGGAACAAGCCGCCCAUGUUAUAAUUCCUUCUUUCUCCAAGUGGUUCAAUUUGGACGAAGUUCAUUCUAUUGAAGAGAAGUCUUUCCCUGACUUUUUUGGAGACAGUGGUUCGAGAUCAAUCUAUAAAUCACCUGAAAUCUAUAAGAACAUCAGAGAUUUCAUGGUGAACGCCUACAGAAUCAACCCUAUAGAAUACUUAACUGUCACUGCAGUAAGAAGAAAUUUGGCUGGGGAUGUGGCCUCCAUUAUCAGAAUCCAUCAGUUUUUGGAGAAGUGGGGCUUAAUCAACUAUCAAAUUGAUCCCAAGACAAAACCAUCCAUAGUUGGUCCGCAGUACACUGGUCACUUCCAGAUUACUUUGGAUACCCCUACUGGGUUGUUGCCAUUAAUUCCAGAAAAUGCCAAAAUAGUAAAUGACAAAGAAAGCAAGUUACCCCCACCUUCAGAAUCAGAAUCAAAAAAAGAAGCAUCUUCAAAUGCAUUGAAUUUGGAAGUAAGAAGAAAUAUUUACACUACUUCAAACAGCAAAAUCACAGGCAAAAACAACACUAUCGUCCAAUACUUCUGUAACAUUUGUGGAAAAGAUGCAACCACGGUAAGAUACCAUAACUUAAGAAUCAAGACAUACACACAUAAUUCGAGUUCUACUAUAAACAACGCAAGCAUCUUGUGUCACUUAUGUUACGACCAGGGCUUGUUUCCCCUGAACUUUCAAGCGUCAGACUUUGUCAGAUUACAGAAGUCAGAUGAAGCUGCUGAGUGGUCAGAACAAGAAGUUUUAUUAUUGCUUGAAGGUAUUGAAAUGUUUGGAACGUUGGACUCUUCUGCAAAUGCAGCCAACGGGUCAAUCUUUACAAAUACCAACGGUCAAUGGGAAAAGAUUAGUGAACAUGUUGGUUCUAAAACCAGAGAACAAUGCUUAAUCAAAUUCGUUCAAUUGCCUAUUGAAGAUAAAUACUUAAACAGAAUAGUCGAUGAUGCCAAAAAGAAAGAUACAACUGUCAUUAAGAAUGAAAAUUUGAUAGCAGACAUAGUCAAGAAGAUCGUCAAGGAUCAAGAAGGAAGGAACAUUGUGAAGUCAAACGCUCAUGAUAAUUUGCAAGAAUCCAUACUAGAACAGUCGAACUUAAUAAAUCAAAUCACUGAGUUGACCUUAGAAAAGUUCAGUCACAAAUUAAAGAAGUUGGACACUUUACAGGAAAACUUAUUGAAAAUUGAAAACCAGUUGAAUUUGGAAAGAAAGCAAGUAUUGAUUGAAAGAUGGGUACAAUAUGAGAAAAUCCAAAACUUGAAGGAGCAAAGACCUGAAUUGACAGAAGUCUUGGAUGAUUUAAUCAAACCAGUCAGAGUGAACGAAAUCAACAAGUCUUUGAACCCAUUAAAGUCAGAAAAGAAUAGAGACUCUUCUGAAUCUGAAGGUCAGAAAGUGAACCAAGGUGAGAUUGAUAAAUUGCCAAUCAGUGUUAGUAAACCUAAGAGCUACCAAUAUUGGUCUGGUUAA